AUGAUCAAUCCACGAACAGCAGCACGAGCGCAGUCCGGCGCGGCCAAUGAUCUCGCCGCUGCGGCAUCAUCCUCCUCCUCGUCCUCGUCUGCACCAGCGCCACGCCCUCCGCCCGCCUACAUCGACAUCGGCGCCAAUCUGCUCGACGGCAUGUAUCGCGGCAAGUACCAAGGCAAAAAGUAUCACGAGCCCGACCUCGACGCAGUCCUAUCGCGCGCCCGCAAAGCCAACGUCGUAGCCCAGAUAGUCACCUCUGGCUCUCUGAGCGAAUCGCGCCAAUCCAUCUCGCUCUGCUCUCAGCCAGGCAAGGAGGACCUCUACUGCACGGUCGGCUGCCAUCCGACUCGAUCAAAGGAGGUGGCCAAGCAUCCUGGCGGAUUGAAGGCAUACAUGGCAGCGCUGGAUGAGCUGUUGACGGAGCACUCCAAGCACAAUGGCGGGAGAGUGGUCGCAGUCGGGGAAUGCGGGUUGGACUACGAUCGACUCUUCUUCUCGACGGAGGAAGAGCAGAAGCCCGUCUUUGAGGCACAGCUAGACCUCGCGAUCAAGCAUCGACUGCCCUUGUUUCUGCACAAUCGCAACUCGACAAACGACUUCCUCGCCAUCCUCGAGCCGCGUCUAGAAGAGCUCAAGGGCAUGGCAGCUUCGCCGACGCCUGCUCAUCGCGCCGGCGUAGUCCACUCCUUCACCGACUCGCGCGAGGAGAUGGAUCGUUUCCUCUCCCUCGGCUUCUACAUCAGCGUGAAUGGCUGCUCUCUCAAGACUGAAGACCAGCUCACCACCAUAGCAGCCUGCCCCUUGGACCGCCUCAUGCUAGAGACAGACGCCCCCUGGUGUUCCCUCAAAGCUAGUCACGCGAGCGCGAAGCACAAGGGUCAUUACGGACAGGAUUGGAAGGACAUCUAUGAGCCUGCGGCUGUGAAGAGGGAGAAGAAGGACGUAGCGGGGAAUGAAGGGAAGAUGGUCAAGGAUCGUAAUGAGCCUUGCGCUAUUGGGCAGGUUAGUGGGGUGGUUGCGAGGCUGAAGGGAGCGGAUGUGAGGCAGCUGGCCGAGGUGUGUGAGCGCAAUACGAGGUGGGUCUUUGGGCUGUGA